GCUGACUAAAGCUUGAUUUAUCAAAAGCACAUUAAAAAACCGGCUUUAUAACCUAUACGUGGUAACUCAACCAGGUGUAGUUGUUAAAAGUGAUUUGGUGUCAAAUUCAUUAAGAAUUUAAUUAAAAAUGUCCGAGAGCGCAAAAUUAAUCGAUGGCAAAUCAAUCGCAAAAGACAUUCAAAAUCGCUUAAAACUCGAAAUAGAAGAAUGGGUUAAAAUCGGCCACCGGGCCCCAACUUUACAUGCGAUCAUAAUCGGAGAUGACCCGGCAAGUGUAACUUAUGUAAAUAAAAAGAUGGAAGCUUCAAAAGAAGUUGGUAUUAAAAGUGAACGAAUUUAUCUCCCAAAAACAUCAACUGAAGAAGAAAUAAUUAAAAAAAUAAACGAAUUAAACGAAAACCCGCAAGUUGAUGGGAUUUUAGUUCAGCUCCCCGUCCCGGAAGCUGUAAGCGAACGCAAUGUUUGCAACGCAGUUGACCCAAAAAAAGAUGUAGAUGGAUUUCAUAUUUUAAAUGUUGGAAAAUUAACGUUAAACAUGGAUUGUUUCGUUCCAUGCACAGCGCUGGGCGUUAUUGAGUUGCUAAAAUGGUUUGAGGAAGACUCUAAGACGAAAAUUUUUGGUAAAAACGUCGUCGUUUGUGGUCGAUCGAAAAACGUUGGACUUCCCAUUUUUAAUAUUUUGCACUCGGAUGCGCGUUAUAAUCUUCCUGGGUUGGAGUCAACUGUUACAUUGUGUCAUCGACAUACGCCUAAAGAACAAUUAGAAAUGUUUACUAAAUCAGCUGACGUCGUUAUUAGUGCAACAGGAGUUGUUGGAUUAAUCAAAAAAGAAAUGAUUAAAAAAGGGGCUUGUGUUAUUGAUGUAGGGAUUACUCGUAUAACCACGCCCGAAGGUAAAACUAAGUUGGUUGGGGAUGUUGAUUUUAAUGGUGUUAAAGAAGUUGCUGGUUAUUUAACACCCGUUCCUGGUGGGGUUGGUCCAAUGACUGUUGCUAUGUUAAUGAGAAAUACUUUUAAAGCUGCUAAGUUAUUAGCACAAUGAAUUCUUUAACAAGUAUUAUCGCUUUUUUUCAGUAUUUUUAUAUAUUUAAAUAUGGAUAAUGUACUUAAAAUGAAUUUAUAUCGAAUUUAUGCCUAAUAAAUUAUCAAGGAUACAAUAA